AUGCUUCUGCUUGCGGAAGAUCAGCACUGUUACUGUGCUGAGAAAGCUGAUGCAGCUUUUCUUCGUGUUGUUCCAAACAGGCUCCAGCUCUUUGAGUAUGACUCCAUCUUUUUUGAUUGUGAGGGAUUUGCUAAUUUCACCAAGUGGAGAGUGAUGAGGAGGAUCAUGGGAGUCAAAACAAUAUGUGGUCCUGACUGGGAGACAUCAACGGGACCCUGUGUAAUUAAAAAUGCCUUUGAAGCAGACAGUGGAGAAUACUGGUGUGAAGCUAACGGAGCAGAGAGAAGCAACUCUGUCAACGUCAGUGUUACUGCUGGCUCUGUGAUCCUGGAGAGUCCUGCUCUUCCUGUGAUGGAGGGAGACGAUGUGACUCUGAGCUGCAGAAACAGGAUGACCUCCUCUGUUCAUGUGGCUGAUUUCUAUAAAGAUGGCCUCCCAACACAGACUGGCAGUAAAGGAAACAUGACCAUCCACGAUGUUUCUAAGUCGGAUGAAGGACUCUAUAAGUGUAUCAUCGUUGGUGGUGGAGAGUCAGCAGAGAGCUGGCUGCCUGUUAGAGUCUUCCAAACACCUGGAGAGACACGUCCUCCCCACCAUCAUUCCCCUAAUCUCCUUAUCCUCAGGAUCUCUGUGGCCAUAUUGUUGGUGGCUCUGGCGUUGCUGCUGGUGGGACUAAGUCUUUGUGGAAUACACAGAGUGUUGGCCUGCAUUUCCUCGAAGACGUCAAUGCCAGGAUCACACUCAGGUGACGCAGAAACAGUGUCUGGACUGACCGGUGUAGAUCAUCCACAAAGGGCCGUGUAUUCUUGCAUCAAAGCCAAAACGAGCUGUACAGCAGAAGCAGGAGUAUCCAGCUGCACGGCGACGCCGGCCAACGACACUCCCUCAGCUGGUACAACAGAUGAAUACUGCCUCUACUAUACAAUCGAUUAGGUCACCGAGAGCAGAGACUUCUGACUGAAGCAGCGACAGUUUAAAGCUUUACUUUGUUAUGUGGCAGGUUCACAGAGAGAAAAGCAUCUGUUUACUGUGUCUGUUUGAGUAAAACAUUUUAUAUGUUUGUAUUAUGUAUCUUAUGUAUUAUGUUAUAUAUGAGGACUUCUGUCUUCAGAGGUUAUACUUUUGAUAACAUUAGUUGGAGUGUUGUACUCGUAAUAAAAAAUAAAACAGGCACUUGGGAAAAAAAGACAUAAUAUGUGGAUUCAUGAUGAGAGUGUAUAAAAUGAGCGAUUUUGAGAUGAGCCGGACUGACUGUACAGCUGUGUGGCUGUUUUUAAAAACCUUCAUCUGAGGUCAGCUGUCUCGCAGCUUCAGGGUCUGUUUUUAAGAGUGAGCGGUUUAUUGGAGUGUGACAGUUAACCCGCCUUGCUCUGUCUGCUCUGCCUGUUCACACGUCUGAAGACGCUGUUUAGAAGAAUGGAGCUGCUGCAGCUUUUAAAUAGACUCACUGUGGUCAACUGCCAACAUGCUGAUU